GUCCAGAUUUUGUUCCCUUCCGGUCGUAUAUAUUUUGCCACGAGUUAGCGGCGAAUUCGGAGCGUGUCCAUUUUGAGCAGCAGUCCGGCGUUUUGUACAAAUUUCAAUCAAUACCUCUUUAGGAGCAGUCUUGACAAAAUGGCCGACUCUGAGACCCUGUUGAUGGAGACGUCGGAUCAGAAUGGAGCAGAGGACGAGAAUGGAGCCGAGGCCAUGGCGGAGGACAAUGACGACGGAAACAAGAUCGACGCCAGCAAAACCGAGGAAGACGCAGGUAAAAUGUUUGUGGGCGGCCUGAGUUGGGACACGAGUAAAAAAGACCUGAAGGAUUAUUUCUCCAAGUUUGGGGAAGUGACGGACUGCACCAUCAAAGGAGAACCCAACUCCGGCCGCUCCCGGGGCUUCGGCUUUGUCCUGUUCAAAGACGCAGCCAGCGUUGAAAAGGUUUUGGAGGUGAAGGAGCACAAACUGGACGGACGUCAGAUCGACCCUAAACGAGCCAUCGCCAUAAAGAAAGAGGGGAUGAAGAAGAUCUUUGUUGGAGGCAUGAAACCAGAGACGACAGAAGAUAAAAUCAGGGAAUACUUUGAGACGUACGGAGAGCUGGAGUCUGUUGAACUUCCAGUGGACACUAAAACACAGAAACGCAGAGGCUUCAUCUUCGUCACAUUUAAAGACGAGGCCUGCGUCAAAAAGUGUCUGGAGAAGAAGUACCACUCCAUCGAAGGAAGAACGUGUGAGUUGAAACGCGCCCAGCCGAAGGAGCAGUACCAGCAGCAACGCGGAGGCUAUGGAGGGCGAGGAGGCGGCCGGGGUGGAGGCCAGGGCUGGAACCAGAGCUACGGAGGGUACGGUGGCGGCUACGGAGGGGGCUAUGGAGGCGGGUACGGAGGAGGCUACGGCGGAUAUGGAGGUGGUUAUGGCGGUUAUGGAGGAUAUGGAGGAUAUGACUACUCUUACUAUGGGCAAGGACAUGACUAUGACCAAGGAAGUGCGAGUUACGGCAAAACUCCACGACGUCACCAGAGCGGAUACCGGCCGUACUAAGUCUGCGCGAGGACUCCACUGGGACUGACAGACCUCUUUUUAUGACAGAAGACCAUUUGUACAGAGCCAACCCAAAUGUAACUUAACCAUGUCUCUUUGUUUUUCACCUUUUUUAAGUUUAAUUUUAGUUUUGUUUUUUUUCCUCCUCCCUGUCCGUGUUGUGAUGUUUCCUCUCAUUUCCUUUUUGGAAGUGAACAUUUUACUGUACUUUUUGGUACCUGUUUUGAUUCUAUUGUAUUGUAAGGGUUGUAUUUUACAUGUUGGCUUGCUUUACAGAGUAGAAACCAAGGCCCUGUAAACAAGCUUUUUGAGGAAAAAAGAAAUAAAGCAUUUUUGAGU